AUGGACCCUUGGCACUCAAAGGGGUUAGGCCUCUCACCUGACUAUGGUGGCUUCGCAGGUGCCGCGCACCAGGAUCCACAGCUGUCCAGCUACGGAGGCUUUUCCAGCUCCCCUCCCAUCCAGAGCUUUGAGCGGCCCGGAACUCUUCGAGCACACCAGGAGGACUUUCAAAGAUCCACAGGUGGCUAUAAGUCUGGCAAGGGCAAGGGUGGCAAGGGCAGCAAAAGCCAUGCUGGCAAAGAUGGAUGGAGCGGAAAGGCUGCCCCUGAGCCAGAGCGAAAGGUUGGAGGAUGUGGUGGUGUGAUAGCCGAACUCACCAGCGACGGCCGCCUGGGAACUAUGUCCAGGAAUGACAGGACACAAAGUGAUUUUCGGCACUCCAGGCGUCCACAAACAUCACAAGCUUUUGACAAAGAUUACAGCCGCAGAGUUGACUACAAAGUUUCUGAGCCCGACGAUGACUGGGCAAAGAAUCCAGAUAUCUUCAGCUCAGCCAACUAUGACAACUAUGACAGUCACGCUUGGGACCAGCCACAAGCUCAUGUGGUGCCUAGUUCUGGUGGAAGAUGCGCUAGCCUAACUGCUAAAAUGCCAUACGCUGGCAUCGCUGCUGAACUCACCAGUGAUGGUCGAUUGCGAGCAGAUUGGCGGGCUUCGGAAGGCCAUGACUUCGAGGCUUCCAGGCAAGGGAAGGGCAAUGACUCGUGGAGCAACGAGUGGAGAGGAAGUGUCAGAUCAUUCGAUGAAAACUAUUGGUCUUCACCAGCCAGCAAAGGCAAAGGCAAGGGCAAAAGCAAGAAGGGAAAGGACAAGCUCAUGGCUGUGACGAAUUUGGAUGAGGUCAUGCGCCUCCUGGGUGAAAAUGCCGAGGUUAGCGUGGUGGGGCAGACAGCCUUCAUGGUUGCUGCAGAGCGGGCCCUAGAAAGCGAACGCGAGGAUGCUUUGUUCGUUGAUCCCUACGCCAAAGCUCUUUCUGGAGAUGGGCUAGGAAUGUCUGAUCGCUUGGGAGAAGCUGGAAGCCAGUUUGGUUUCAAAAAUUGGCCUGAGUUUCACAAGGUGUGGACAGUGGUUCGCACCAAGUUCAUCGAUGAUAUCUUGAGCGAAGUUGCCGUGCCACAGAUGGUGAAUCUGGGCGCAGGAGUUGAUACUCGGCCCUUUCGACUGACCGCCUACGAGCGCUUCAAGGCUUCCUAUGAGGUGGACACUGCCGAAGUGAACGCAGUUAAAAGUGCGUUCUUUUCUCAUAAUGCAGCCACGCCACUAUGUCCUGUUGUGAACGUGUCGGCAGAUUUUUGCACAGCAGGAAUGCUUACCGAAAAACUCUCAGAAGCAGGCUUCGAAGUUCAGGCCCCAUCUGCUUUCCUCAUUGAGGGCGUGUUGGACUUUUUGGAAGACUCAGCAGGGUCCUUUCUUCAUGAGGUCUCGCAGUUGGCAGCGCCUGGCUCAAUCGCCAUCAUAAACUAUGCCAUUGGGCCCCAGAGGCCUGGCACUUUCACUGCAGAAACUCUUCAAAAGCUUCUGGAGGGUUUUGGGUGGAAAGAUUUUCAGAUUGAUGUAUUUGGCGGGGAACGUCUCAAUUAUGGUCGCUACAAGGAAGGCCUUCCGCCGAGUGAAGAUUGGGCCUUUGCGACUUGUGCUGCAUGGAACUCAUUGGACCGAUGGUAUGGCUGGAGCAAGAAUGAGCAGGUGCAGAUGGUGCAGAUGGUGCAGGGCUGGCAGGGCUGGAAACUGGAAGGGCAAACAGCCAUGGCUGAGGAGAGGCGUGACUUCAGCUUCCAACAGAUGCUGACAAGGCAGUCACCUGGUGGAUUGCUUGCAAACUUCCGGGCUCGCCGCAUGGGUCUUCCGGUGCCUUUUGCGGCCCCAUCGCCAGUUCGCGCUGAUGUUGGCUCUUUGUCUGCAGAUGGCCUGGUGCCAGAACAUCAAUUACCACAACACUGCCUGGGGCAUUAUGAUUUUUGUAUGCACUUCGGUCUUCUACAUGAUGACCAAGCGUUGAGUGACAGAGUGUUCUCUUCCAAAGGGAUGACCGACGAUAGAUUCUGA